AGUCAUAAUAACAAUUCUGGUAAAACUAAUUCCUUCACAAAUGUUUUUGUGCUUAAAUUAAUUAUAUAUGGUAUCUACAUUUUGAGAAAAAAGUCCUCAAAAAAAUUCCUUGCACAGUCCUUGAAAAUCAAUCUCAAAGUUAAGUAAAAGUCACAACUAAAUCGUGUCUCUUACAGUACACCAUAUUUUUAUUCUAUGUACUUCCGGUCGUUACCGGUGUCGAUGUCAACGUUCAAGGUUGUUUAUGUUUUCGGUAAAAUAUCAGAAAUAACUACAAUUCCAGGCUUUCUCAUGCAAAGCAUAAAACAGAUAACGUGAGCAUGCAUGGUGCUAAUCAAGCUAAAAUGGUAAACUAAGAAGAAGAAAAUUGCAAGUUAUAUAUUUGAUGUUAUCAGUCAUACCUGCAUAUGUUAAUGAUGUGAAUGUGACAUUAACCAAGAGUACGUAAAAUGAGCAUUGAAGGGACAGUUCUUUGUGUCCUUUGUAACAAGGCAGAUGGUGGCGAAACAUCAACACUGAGGGAGAAAGGGUGUGAAGGGUUAAUGACAGCAAGUAAACUGAGAGGAGAUGAGCUAAACGUAGUUCCUGGGAUGGUUGUACAUCAAGAAUGCAGAAGAAAAUAUUGCCACCCGAACAGUCAGCGAACCGUACAAUGCAACGAAACUCAGAUAUCAAGCCCAAGUACAAGACAAUCUUGUAAAAGUCGCUUUGACUUUCAAACUAACUGUUUGUUUUGUGGCAGCAAUGCAAAGUUCAAAGACCGUAAAAAGGGUUAUGGUGUGUUUCCUGUUAGAACUUUAGAAUUUCAGUCUAGUAUUAAAGAUAUUUGUAAAAAACGAUGUGAUGAGUGGGGUAAAAUUGUAUUGGGGCGCAUUGAGUUUGCACAGGAUCUCCCGGCUGUUGAGGCAAGGUACCAUCAGACAUGUUGUGCUAAUUUUAGGUCAGGAUGUAAUAUUCCUGUAUGUAAGCAGGAGCUUCUAGAACCAAGCAAAUGUAAGAAAGGUAGACCUACAAAUGUACUUGCUGAUAAUGCAUUUUCUGAAGUUAUCAAAUAUUUUGAGAGUAAUGCUAAUGAACAAAUGUCUUUGUCUGACCUUGUUAAUGAGAUGGAAAAACUUUGUGGUACAGAGGCCUAUAGUAGCGUUUACAUGAAGAAGAAACUUCUAGAACAUUUUGGAGAUAGUAUCAUGAUAUCUGAAUUAAAUGGGAAACCAAAUGUUGUGACAUUUAAAAGUAACGCUCAUGGUAUUCUUCAUUCUUUCUAUCACAGAAACGAGAACCAUGACUGUGAGUCAGAAACAAGGGCGAUUAUAGAAACGGCUGCUAAGCUUAUUCUUAAUGACAUAAAAUCAAUAGAAAAGAGUAUUGAAGAAUAUCCAACUUCAUCCGAUAUAAUGAGCAAGGACAAAAACAGACAGUAUGUUCCAAAUAGUCUGGAGUUGUUUUUAAAGCUUAUCAUUGAUAAUAAAUCAUAUGAGUUAAAGACGUUAUCAAUAGGACAGGCAAUUGUUCAAUCGUCAAGACCCCGUGGAAUUAUUUGUCCCCUCCAGAUUGGAUUAGGAGUACAAAUGCACCACCAGUUUGGUUCACGAUUUUUGAUUGACACGUUGAGUAGUCUUGGUUUCUGUUCUACCUAUCAAGAAGUUCAAAGAUUUGAACGGUCUUCAGCUUCAUCUCAUGGAACACAAAUAGAUAAAAUGAACGAUCAGUUUAUACAGUUUGUCGCAGACAACGUUGACCAUAACACUGGAACACUUGACGGACAUGGGACAUUUCAUGGGAUGGGUAUCGUGGCUGCAGUUACCCCAAAGUUAGAACAGAAAAAAAUUAUUCCAAGAUGUCUGAUUACAAAUGAUGAUCUUGUUGAAAUAGGAAAAAUUAAUAUUCAUUUCUACAGGCAGCAAAGUAACAAUAUGGAAAGAAUGGUGUUUAAAAAGAUGGCCGAAAUAAUAAAUGAACCGUUUGAGCCUCUUGAUUUUGUGAUAAAAGUUGCACGUCCUCUAAAAAUGCAAGCACCUAGCUGGUCAGGACUUAUGCAGAUGGUAAGAACAGGGUCAUAUCCGGGUCAAUCAAGUGUUGUGAUGAUGCCUAUGAUAGAUCUCAAUCCAAGUGACAUGGCAUGUGUCUAUUCAACUUUGAAAUUUGUGGCAUUGCAGAGUAGCCGUGUUAAUUCAGCACCUAUAGUUACAUUUGACCAGCCAUUGUAUUGGAAGGCGUUGAAUAUCAUCACGAACGAGCCUGAAGGAAGUGACAUUAAACAUGUUAUUGUGAGACUUGGGGCUUUCCAUACACAAAUGAGCUUUCUUGGGAGUAUAGGCCGACUAAUGGAAAACACAGGACUAGCUGAGCUAUUAGCAACAGUCUAUGCUCCUAACACGGUGGGAAACAUGCUAAGUGGAAAGGCAGUUAGUAGAGCAAUCAGAGGACACUUUCUUGUUGAUGAUGCUUUGAAUAUCAUACUGGUAGAGAAAAUCUUUCCAACACUGUUAAUAACAGAUACUGACCUAAACAAUAAUGAUGAAUGUGUAACAGCUGACCCUGAAUACAAAAAUAUCCAAGUAGGUGACACUAAGCAUGUAACAAAUAUCUUUGAAGGUAUCUUAGCCAAUCAGAUAAAUCUGGAAGAAAUAAGUGUGGACACAACUGUUUUGGAGAUGAACCAAAUGUUUAAAAAUGCCAAAUGUAGGCUUGCUAUUGAAAACAGAACUGCAAGGCUAUGGUUACAAUAUAUGGAUAUGAUUGCCAUUUUAAAGAAAUUUAUAGCUGCAGAAAGAAUGGGUUUAUGGAAUAACCACUGUGAAUCGAUGCAGAAAAUGUUACCCUUCUUUGCUGCAUCAGGACAUAAUUUGUACCUGAAAUCUGGAUACGUGUACCUUCAAGAUAUGUUUGACCUGAAAGAUACACAUCCAAAUGUAUAUCAAGCCUUUUGUGAAGGACACCAUGUGAUUAGACGAAGUGAUAGAUACUGGGCAGGAUUAUCGUCAGACCUUAUUAUUGAACAAGUACUGAUGAGGAGUGUUAAGUCAGUUGGAGGUAUGACGAGAGGUCGAGGUAUGACAGAGGCUCAGAGAGCACAGUGGCUCCUUUCAAUGCCUGCGUGUGCUGACAUCAACAACGCAAUGCAAGACUUCACGGGGCAAAAGUAUGAAAGCAAUGAACAACAUAAAGAUUGUACUGAAGCUAGGAUAAGCAGAGAUGAAAAGGAUAGAAGAAUAUUCUUAGAAUUUCUAAAAGAACGCAACCCUUUUUCGAAUCAACAGUGUUUACGAAAUAUUGAAACUGGAGCUGUUGCUGAGGCUAGUGUUAAUGUCGACCGAGCCGUAGAUAUUGGGCAAAGGAUUUUAGAAGAAAUGACAGGAAAGAAUGUUCAAGAAUAUACCUUCAAAAGAAACCGACAGGCCAUUACACUUGGUACAAAAAACAGUAUAAAAGUUGGUGGAGAAGAUAUACAUGUUGACCCACAAUUAUUAUUCCAGCGGUUAUUGACAGUUGCUGAUGAUUCAGUGGACAGAAUUGAAGAAGUAUUUUCCUAUGAGCUUUGUGGUCAUCCUUCUUCACUAUUUGACUCAUCCGGUCUAUUGCGAGAGGCACAAAAGCCAGCGUUGGCUAACGCAAUUUGGGAACUCGGACAAUGCGGAGCAACACAAGUGCCAAAUGACGAUGUAUGUUACGUCCUGGACGGAGGGUCGUUAGUACAGAGGUUACCUUGGAGAUAUGGAUCGACUUUCCAUGAUAUUUGUAAUCAAUAUGCAACAAUGGUGCAGCUACAUUAUGGCUGUGCUUACAUUGUAUUUGAUGGCUACGUAAACGGUCCUUCUACUAAAGAUGUGACACAUGAACGCCGGAGAAAAGGAGUAAUUGGCACAAAGGUCAACUUUGAUGCAAGAACACCUUUCAAAACCAAAAAAGAAGUAUUCCUCUCUAAUUAUGAAAACAAACAGAAUUUCAUCAACUUAUUAGGGACGUAUCUAACAGACAGGAAAUGUCAUGUAUCAAAUGCCUCAGAGGAUGCAGAUCUUCAAAUCGUUCAGACUGCAAUUAUGAAAGCAAAUGACAAAACGACAGUAGUUAUAGGUGAAGAUACAGAUAUAUUGGUUCUGCUAUGCUAUCAUGCUAAUACUUCCAAAGAAAACAUAUUUUACAGAUCCGACACGAAGACCAACAUUAAGAAGAAGAAGAUUUGGGACAUCAAGAAAACAAAAGCAGUCCUUGGUAGUGAUACGUGCAAACGUUUACUCUUUAUUCAUGCUUUUUCUGGGUGCGAUACCACUUCGAGGUUGUACGGCAUUGGAAAAAGUGUGGUGUUGAAAAAAGCAAUCACUGAUGCUCAUUUCCAAAGGCAAGCAGAUAUAUUUCAUGCUAAUUCUACCCAUGAUGAAAUAGAAGCAGCUGGAGAACAAGCAUUGAUAUGUAUAUAUAACGGAAUAUUUGGUGAAGGAUUAGAUACCCUCAGGUAUAAAAAAUUUAUUCAUAAAGCAAACACUGGAAACACUGUGGUUCAAGUUCAAACAUUGCCACCUACAAAAGCAGCCGCAAAGUUCCAUAGUUUUCGAGUUUACUUGCAAGUUCAGAAUUGGAUCGGAAGAGACCUAAGUGUUUUGUUUUGGGGAUGGGCUAAGAAUAGCUUGGAUUCAAGACUGAUUCCUAUCCAAACAUUAAUGCCUGUUGCUCCAGAAAGACUUCUAAAAGUUAUAAGAUGUUCAUGCAGGGUCAACUGUGAUACUAAAAGGUGCACAUGCAGAAAACAUGGACUAUCAUGCUCUAUGUGUUGUUCAGAAUGCCAGGGUACUGGCUGUAGUAAUUCGCAUACUAUUGACUACGAAAGUCAGACUACGGAAGAGACUUAGAUGAAUUCUGAGUAAUCUGAGUGAAUAAAUCAGGCAUUUCCGAUUAGGAAUACUAGACAAGUAUUAACAACAGUUGUAUAUUUUGCUUUUUUCAGUCACAUUUUAUGCAUUUCCAGUCACAUUUUAUGCACUGUACAAUUUUGACUAUAUUAGGGAAAAAAGAGUUGGUAAUCAUCUUAAUGUAUCACUUCUAUAAUGUAAUGAUUGUUGUAAUGUGUUGUAAUGAAUAUUUGUACAUUUAAAAGUUAUAAAUGUGUGUUGUAAUGAAUGUUUGUACAUUUAAAAGUUAUUAAUGUGCACUAUUUAAAAUGUUAUUAAAAAGGAAUAGUGAUAUAUCGGCAUAUGAGUACGUAAAUGCAUUUUGUAAAAAAAUAGCAACAAAACAGACCUGUUGUUUCACACAUGUAUAAUAUAUUGAAAUUAUUAACUAUAGAAUCAUUGAAGAAUGUUUCAGACAUCUUGGUGAAUUAUACUGCUUAUUUAUAGAUUAUUUCAUGGUACCUUACAAAAAUCUUAAAAAAAUAGUUUUAUCAUUAG